UACUACCACAGUACAAAAACUGCCCCCUCGAAUAUUUUACAAACAGAAAACCCAAAACCCCUUCUCCAAUAACAAUAACAAUGGCGUUUUCUGACGAGGAACCCGUUACUCGUCCACCGGAAAACGAAAAAAAAAUCCGGUGGUCGGACCUUGAAGACGUCGAGAUAAACCUGGACUAUCUACUCCCACCAAGACGAGUGAUAGGACCAGACGAGAAUGGAAUAAAAAUUGUGAUAGAAUUCAAGUUUAAUGAGAAAAUGCAUGUAGUCAAACUCAUAACAACAACUAGAGUUCGUCAAACUUUACUUCCGACGAAAGUUCUGGCGAGGCGUUCAUGGCGUAAGUUCGGCGGUGCUGCUGUUUUUAAUGGUGCUCUUACUGUCGUUUCCGCUGAGGAGAUAUUUCUACAGUUGUCCAACUCUGUUACAGGGUAUCCAGUAGGGAAAACAGAAGCUCUGUCUCAGCUUGCAAACAAAGAUAGUGCUCUUAUGGUAUGCAUGACUUGUAGCAUCAAGGGUGAUCACUGGACAUCAAAGUGCCCCAACUACAACAAGCCUUCUUCAUCAGCUGGCGGUUCCGUCAUUGACAAGAGUACCACUAGUGUGUCUGAUAUCAAUCAUAGGUAUCAAGAGAAUACGGUGAUGGUUCGCAGCAUCAAUAAGGAUACUUCUGAAUCUGAUUUGGUUGAUCUCUUUAGCUCAUUUGGACAACUGUUUGAUAUGUACGUGGCAACUGAUCGCCGUACUGGUUUGAAUAGAGGCUUUGCGUUGGUCACUUUUAUCAGCAAGUUUGAUGCUCAGAGAGCAAUCAACAGGCUUGAUGGUUAUGGAUAUGACCAUCUCAUUCUUCGUGCGGAUUGGUUAUAUCACGACAAAGCUUAGCAUGGCUCCAACGAGUCCAAAUUCUAGAAUAUCAUAGCUAAAAGUGUACAGAUUUAGAUAUGAUGUUCAACUAAGGCUUUAAGUAGUACUUUCUGCUAACCGUUUGGGUUUGAUAUUGCACGGAAACUUGUCGAGCCCUUCGUUCUGGCAUAUCUGGAUAUGCUUCCGAAAUUCAAAACUUCACAUUUAUAAUCUUCUCUUGUAAAAAUUGUUGUUGUGUUGUUUCCUGAUUUGGCAUUUCCGUUUC